AUGCAAAGUGAUUCUUUUCAGCUCUUUGCCCUGAAUAUCCGAGGAAGGAUCGUAGAAGUCGAACAUGAUCUUACAUUGGUCGACUUUCUGGAUGAACAGCUCCACAUGAAAUUCAGGGUCGACCUCGUCGAAACUGGCCAGUUUCUCAAAUGGUUGCUGAUCAUUGGUUGGUUCGAAUCUAGAAGAGGAGUGUCUUUGAGGGGUACGCGUUUAGAAAGCUCGAUCUCUGCAGGUAAGACAUCAUCGCCCCUGUUUGAGGAAGACGCCGCCAGUGGUGUUGGAGUUUGGAUCUGCGGAGGUUGUGAUUGUGAGCCUGAUUUUGUAGAAGACGUGGAAGGAGGGGAAGCACUUGCCGAGUUGUCAACUCCUGAAUUCAAAGACGACUGUUCCGAAGACGCAGAUUGUGUUCUUUUCAUCGAAGUUGGACUGGUACUGGCUGAGGAAUUACUUUGGAACGAGCCUGUGGAUUUGACCUUUUCCGGCUUCUUUCCGGUUUCCUCCUUUUUGUCCUUCUUCUUUUCUCCCUUGGCAGACCCUGUUUUGGAUCUGAACCGUUGUUUAAAACCUUUCAUCAUCUUGUUGAGGCGUGGUUAA